AUGAUUUUAUCAUCCGACAGCCACGGCGAGGAUCAUGUCGUCGAAGCGCUGCCGGUUAAGAACAAUGGCACCAAGCAUGUCGACGAUGCUAUGCCCCUCGAAAGGAACGCUGGUCUUAUCAUGGCCGGCCGAGUCGUGCUGACAGGCCACGGAAAGACCAACAAUGCUACCACAGCUCUGAAGGCGAGCACUGAGCGUCUCUAUUUGUCACGGCCGCACUUCUACAAGUCGUUUGUGAAGGACGUUCAACGCGCCACGCCAGCGAUCCACCGAGGGUACUGGCUUCGUAUGCGGGCUGUCAGCUGGGUAGUCCGCAAUUUCCUCGAGCAUGCAGCCGCUGAGAGGAAGGUGAUUAUCAAUCUUGGUUGCGGGUAUGACCCUCUGCCUUUCCGGUGGCUCGCUCAGAAGGGCGGUCUCUGCUCCGAAACCAAGUUCAUCGACGUCGACUAUGAGCUCUUGAUCGAGGCGAAGCGGGACAUCAUCAUACACCGGCCUGAGAUGAGAGACCUCCUCCAUGAGACAGCGUCUGGUAUUAACGGCAUCGACUCUUCCGUUGCGCUCGAUAGUGAAGAAUAUGCCGCCAUCGGCUGUGAUCUACGCAAUAUCCGAAGACUGGAAAGGCUGUUAAAGUCAGUGGUUGAUCUUGAGCAAGCAUCGGUCUUGUGCAUCGCCGAGGAUUCGACCUCGUUUAUGCCUGUCAAGGCUGCUGACGCGCUGAUCUGGUGGUGUGCAGGACUAUCGUCUGAUGUCACAUUUUGUCUUGUGGAGCCUAGCAGUCCUGAUCAACCUGACAACCCUUUUACCCGGAAGAUGACGGAUCACUACAAGGGCCUCGGUACGCCCUUGAAUUCUAUCUUCGAAUACCCAUAUGACCGUGCCCAAAUUCAGCGUUUCAGCAAUGCCGGGUAUGCUCACAUAGAUCACCAGUCUCUAUGGGAGCUGUGGGCUGAUCCGCGCUUCUUGUCGCCCUCGCAACGUAUGAAGUUGGACCACGUGGAACCAUUCGAUGAUUGGGAAGAGUUUGCUCUCUGGGCCAGUCACUACUGCCUGGUCGUAGCACGUAACGGCAAUCAGCCAGUCCUCCCCAGCAAAGUCCACAUGGCCCGACGCGACUCGAUUUCCAGCGAUGCUUCUGACAUCUCUGCACGGACGUCAUCACCGUGCAAUCCAGACUCCGAGCACUUUGCCUUUCGGCACUAUGGUGACCCAGGAGAUCUUUGCCGUCGCCACCAUGGCUCAGCUUAUCCUAUACCGGACCAGGACGCUAUAGCAAUCUUUGGAGGUAAGGGGUCGAAUUCAUACCUCUCUACCAGUGCAGUCUGCCGGCCGCGACACCUGAACGACGAGACACCCGUAGUGCUUCCGCCAGAGGUGGGUGCCCGAUCUUGUCACAUGAUGAUCUCUCUAAAUAAUGGUGAUAAUAUGCUGGUGGGCGGCCGUCGUUCGCCGAGUCAGCCUCUGAAAGACUGUUGGUUGCAGAAAGGAAAUACGUGGUAUCGCAUACAUGAUCUGCCAGAGGGACGCUAUCGGCACAGGCUUGUCCCGGUGACCUUACCUGGGAACGUUUUCGGUGCUGUUUGCUUUGGCGGCAAGGUGAGCCCAACGAAGGUUGCCGUUGACGUGCUGUUAUGGGAGCCUCUCAAUGGCUGGCAAGUGCUACGAAUCUUUGGCUCGGACCCCAGGCCUCGAUUUGGACCGAACUUUGUCUGCCUGGGUUUCAAUCACGGCUUGUUAUUCGGCGGCAUGAGGCAGGACGGCGUGAUCUGUCAAGGCUUCUGGCGGUGGCGUCUUGUCAUCCGCGAUAACGAGGUACUGGCCCUUAGAUUCCGCCCUUCUCAUGCGCUGGACACAAGCAUCGGCUCGUAUCAGUACUUCGCACGCUUCGCUGCCUCUUAUGGCUUCGUACAGGACUAUCUUCUGAUCAUCGGCGGAAUAGCCAGAGGUGGCUGCAUACCCAGAACGUACGAGGUCCUAAGCCUUACCGGGACUUUCUCCACCUGGCACGACGAGGAGCGCAAGGAACCCAGUUUCAGAGUGAAUACGAUCGAGGCAACGCGCUCGCCGGACUGUCCACGGCCGUUCCUUAUCGGCCAUUCCACCCGGCCGACGCAGACCGGUGCCUAUGUCAUCUUGGGCGGCGGCGCGACUUGCUUCAACUUCGGAGACUAUUUCAACCGAGGCAUUUGGGUCCUCUACGAGAAAGAGGCGGGUCUUUCGGCUGACUGGAUCAUUGUCCCCAGCCAAGCAUCGAAGCUGCCGCCAGUGCAUUCAGAUUGGGACUACACUGGUGCGAGGCGGAAGGAAGGCAUUCGAGUUGAUCCGACCUCACUGACCGGCCCACAAGAGUUCAACAACGCGGUUCGUCUAUCACAGCCUCUUCUUAUGAGAGGCCUCGACUGCGGGCCUGCUGCGCGGUUCUGGUCCUCACCCUCUCUUGGGAAUGUGCUCUUGGACGAAUUCUAUCUGGAGCAAGACAUCACUCCCGGUACAUCCCCAACCAAUGCAAACCAAGCGUGGACACAAUUUCUCGACGAGGCAGGCAUAUCCUCGAGUAUACUAAAUCUUCCGCCACCAAAUGCAAAGAUCAAAAGUUGUGCUCUAUCCUCCGGCAAGGCCGACAAGGCGCAGCUUGCCAACCUGUUUCGACUUCCCACCGAGUUGAGCAGCAUAGACCGUCUCAUCACAUCCGUGCAGCUUCAGAUCUCCAGGAGAACGUGCCACCAGCUUCGGUACAGUGCAACAGGAACCAUUAUCUUCCAUCAACUAGGCACGCGGAAGGUGCUCUUGUCCCCUCCUUUCAACCAACACAAGCUCGGAUAUGCUCCGGGCUCGCACAUCAGCGACCUCAAUAUUCUCUGCGAUCCAACGCUGUUGCAGGAACACUCCUUCUACACUAUACCAGGCACGAGCACUCACGUUGCUAUGAUGCAACCAGGAGAUGCAUUGUAUAUCCCACCUUUCUGGUCUCGUGCCAGUGUGGUCCUCCGCGGUCCCAACCGCACCAUUGGUCCCCAACAAAUCCGAACCGACAUUGAGGGGUCUUCUCCAGCAGCUACUGAACCACUUUCGACACUCAUCGGUGGCAGGCAUGCAGUCACUGACAAUGAGACCCCACCCAGCUCCAAUGGGAAAAGCGAUCAUCAACUCAAUCCACUCGAUAUCACGUUCAAGGUAUCCUUUAGGAUGCUGCCUCGCUCUGCCCUAACUACAACCCGGGACGAAAACUGGUCAGCUGAGCUCAAGGCGUACGAGGAUAGUAGACGAGACCUCGAGGCCGUUAUGAAGAGGUUCACAUCUUGUUUUGGCAAAUCAGUUGGGGAGCCUGCAACGUUCGAAGGCCAGCCAGGCGCCGAUAUGCUACUCGAGCACAUCCCGAAAGAUGUUGCAAAGGUCUACCUGCAGCGAUUGGGGAAGGAGCUACUGAUGAAGGCCGAAGAGCUGUGA